AUGGCGAGAUGCGGUCGGAACUUGAGGAAAGUAGCUGAGUGCAUAAAACAGUUACCGUCCACAGCCAACCGGGAUAUCCAGAACAGAAGCAACGUUAGAUACCUUUCAUCAUGCGGGAUCCUGAUGAUGCGUGCGCACCCACUGCUGAGUGCAGCCGUGCUAGGGCGCCCCAUCACACUGCCUUCACGCAGCUUCUUCAACCUCGCAGAUUCCUUCUCCAAGAGGAAGGAGUACUCAGAGAGACGCAUCAUUGGAUAUUCCAUGCAGGAGAUCUAUGAAGUGGUGGCUGAGGUGGAAAACUACCGCCUCUUUGUUCCCUGGUGCAAGAAGUCUGAGGUGGUCUUCAAGAGAUCCGGCUUCUGCAAGGCCAAAUUAACUGUGGGCUUCCCCCCUGUAGUGGAGAACUACACCUCCCUCGUCACUACAGUACGCCCUCACCUGGUCAAGGCAUCGUGCUCGGAGGGUAAACUGUUCAACCACUUGGAGACGAUGUGGCGUUUCAGCCCUGGUCUCCCUGGGUACCCCCGGACCUGCACUGUGGAUUUUGCUAUCUCCUUUGAAUUUCGCUCCCUCAUCCACUCCCAGCUCGCUCACGUGUUCUUCGAUGAGGUGGUGAAGCAGAUGGUUUCUGCGUUCGAGCGGCGUGCCUCCAGUGUUUACGGAGCCGAGACGCCCAUCCCGCGCGAGCUCAUGUUCCACGAGGUCCACCACACGUAGCGACAACCUCCCUCUGCUGCACAAACACGGACCCACAAACAACAACGUCAAAGAGCCCGAAGAGAGACUAUCUGUGUUCCAACUGAAAGUGCCUUUCUCACAACAAUGAAACAAUUUCCUGUGUCAGAUUUUAAAGCUGGUGUGGAUCCUCCAGCUGAUUUUCACCUUGGUGCUAAUGCAGGUUCCUAUAUCAGACCUUGAUCUGGUGGUGAAUCUGAGCCCGCAGGUCAAAUGGAGGCCCCACGGUGCGUCAGGCCAGUGCGUCAUCACUUCUGUACACAUUAGCUAUAGGGAUGCAGGCACACAACUGAAAACGGAGACAAAGCAAUGAUGAGCUGCAACAUACAGAGUCUAUUCAGAUAUUUUAGAUAUUUACUUUUGCACACAGAUUCUCUAACGUUACAUUUAUCUGCACCUAACAGUCUAAGACAUGAAGAUAUUCAGUUUCACACAUGACACAGGAAAGCAAAGAGUUCAGCUGGAGCCAGACAAUGACUGAAAUUAUUCCGGAAGCUGCUGAAUAAUUUAAACCUUUUUUUUUUUUUUUAAGUAAGCUGUGUUUCCACCAGAUGGACCAGAGUGUAGGUUAAGUUCCAGAGGAAAAGGUUUCUGCUUACACUUCUCAAAAGUACAGGAACGUCAGAGGGGAGUGUGGCGUGUGAUUGGUGGCGUACUCUGAAGUACGGAAUUACCACCAACUACUGGACUUUUUUUUUGUGUAUAGUCUAAUGCUAAACCAGCUGUCACCUAUUUAUAAAUGGACUAAUUUGCUGCUAAUCUGUAUGAAGGAACAGUUUAGUUCCUGGAACUCUGGACACUGAAUGGAAAAGCAGCUUUAGAAAGAAAAAAAAAACACAGGCUCCAGCUGCUUGAGUGUGUGUUGUGUUGUGUUUUGUCAAAAUGAUUGUGAAACUGAAGAUUUUUUUGGUCUUGGACUGUUGGUCGCACAGUUGAAGACAUUGCAGUGCACUGUGUCAAAACACGCAGGGCUUUUCUCAAUAUUUACUGACAGAAAUUGAGGAUUGUGAAAGCAAACAUUUAUUGUGGCUAGCCUAGUCUGCUGAUGAGCACCACUUGAACAUUUCUCACCCCGUAUGGUUCUUUUAGUGCAAUGGAAAUGGAAAGGCAGCUUCAUUUAUAUUCCAAACACAGAGGCAAAGAAGAGCAUUAGACCAACAUCACAAUAAAAGCAGAAGAAAUUCACUGAAUAUAUAGCAACGUGACAUGUAAAGUAUAAAAUUAAAAAAAUGAAAGACAUAAAGAAAGAUGAAAAAAGGUCCCAGUGAGAGACAAUACAGGAUGUAGUGACGCCAAAACAAAGUGACGCAGUUUCAGGGAAGCACAAGGUUACUAAUAAUGCCCAGAUGCCGGAAAGCUUUCCUGCCUUCCAAAAUGCACUUUACUGAAGUACAUAGUGUGCACACAGCUGGGACAUACUGUGCCAUAACAUUGCACCUUGAACUCUGACCCUCUCGCUGUAUCUGGCAUGGGAUUGUAGGUCAGAAUGGCCAGAAAAGCACACACAUACUCCGUACCCCCUCUGGAUACUGUAGAACAUCCUGGUAUUUUGGCAUUUAUACUAAAUCUUUUUUCUUUUCUUUUUUUUGUGGCAAAGUCCAUAAUAGUGUAGUAUGAGUAAUGGAAGUCAGAACCAACACCACUGAAAUCCCAUAUCUUUGUACCAAAGGUAGAGCAGAGUCCUGCCAUGUGCCCAUGUUGGGGCACAGAGACUGUUAUGAAUCCCCUGUUUUAACAGAAAUUCUGAAAACAAACCAACAUGUUGUAUCAUGGCCAGCAGAUUAGACACUCGCUGGAUGUCUAACUGCUGACAGACUAAGCUCCUGUGCUGCUUUAUUUUCAGUGUGGAUGGACACUGGAUUUCUAUCAUUACUUAAAUGCUUUUUCAAUUUCAACAGCAGUAGGUGGAGAUAUUUGGGCUUAAGUGUGCAAUAGCAGCAGUGUGUUGUAGUCAUGCCAAAUGCAGCCGAGCAAGUGUGUAAAACCCACUGCUGAUGUCAGGGCCCAAAGCAGCUGCUAGGCAGGAGCCAGGAGCUCCUUUUAUCAAACUAAUGAGAAUUAUUUUUGGUUGUAGUGUUGUUUUUGAUUUAACUCCUGCUGUAUGCAGAUUAGCUAUUAGGAUAUUUUAGAUUUAAAGAAAAGCUUUACAUUACGUGCUCCAAGUGGCUCCAUCUUCAGUCACAGUUCUGAUGUAGUGGACCCUGACUGACCACAACUUCUUUCAAAGUAGCCACUCUCUAAGUGAACAAGUCAUACACUCAUUUAAAGUGUCUCUUUUUUUGUACCAGGCUGUAAACGUGUUUUUGUCCUGCUGUAAAGUUUGUUUUUAACAUUUUUAACAUGGAAGUCUAUGAGGAUUGGCUCACUUCUGGGGCCAGCCUCAAGUGGCCACUACAGGAAAUGCACUGUUAGGCAAUUCAGCUUUGGCUUCAUUCAUCAUCAUCAUGUUAUUAGCAGCCUCCAUAUAUGGUCAUAAAUGUGCUUCAUGUUUGACCUCUGACUGAUGUCAGAGUGGUUCUCCUUCAGUGUUGACCCCUCACAGCCCAGUAAAAAUAAACUAAGAGCAAGCUCUAUGGAGAAUGUAAAGGGGCGUAGCCCUGCACAUGCUGGCUCAGUCACCCCUACUGUUGCUUUGCUUCACACUGGCACCUUUCAGUUAAUUAUGAAUGUGAACCGCGUCCCACCAGCCAAUUGGAAAAGCGAAGCUUGGACUUCUUAAUAGUUUAUUCAGUGGUGUCUGGUUCUGCAGGAUCACGUGUUUGUGUGCAUGUAAGGAUUAUUUAAAGGUAACUUAGUUUGUGCUGAAUUAGCGGUGAUAUGUUUUGUAGGCAAAUACAAAUCAAUAAAAAGGGAAUUGGCUGCAAGUGAAUACAACUGUGCGGCAAGACUUUCUGUUGAUCAUGAAACAAAACCGUGAGAAAAUGAUACUAACCCUGAUAAAUGCUAACCUAAAGAAGAGAAAUUAAAUGUUUAAAUGCAACACAUUGAUUCAGAGAGUGCACCGUGAUCAUUAUUAUUAGCAAACAGCUCAUUGUUCAGUCAGAAAUGGCUUUUACCAUCACACAACCAGCAUGUUACCUGUAGCGGUUUGAUAAAAUGGGGCUCAGAUCAGGAUGUUUCCGUGAUGAGUCUGCUGACCUCAAACCUUCCACCUGUCCAACACACAGCACCCACAGAGUGCCUCCAGACCUGCUGGCAACAUAUUUAUCUUCAUUUAUAAAGGAACAAUAGACUCAUUUUAUCAUAUUUAUUACUUAGUUUAGGUGUAAAUGCAAGCACUUCACUCUGGGAGCCAAUGUUAGCAUUUAGAAGCAGUAUUCCUAAUACAAUGUUGUUUUGCAGCACUGGGGGAACUCCUCCAUCAGUGUUGCUGUAUCAGUAUCGUUAUGUUUAUACACUGCUCUGCAUUUGCCUUUUCUCUGCUUACUAUAACCGCUUUACUGCUUAUGAACGCUAACUAAGGUGGCUUCAUGUGAAGUGUAAGUGUGUAAAUACUAGUUUUAAGAUCACAUUAGAGCUACACACUGCUGUUAAAGAGUAUGAUUAUGGAUUUGUGUCAGCUUGUUUCAUGCAAUGUGGAAAGGACGUUUUGUUUGUGUUGAAAAACAUGGACCGACUGCAUGAUUUAUAAAGUAUUUUUUCUAAAAAA